UGUUGGGAAUGGCAUGGCUACUGUUAUCCUCUUCGUUUUGUGAUAUAUUAUUCGAUCUGUACCGUCAUUAAGGGCAUUUUGUGAUGGUGCCAGACUUUGGAAAGGAGAUAUACGUCUGGAUAUGAAGUCUUCGUGUUUCUAGUAUUGUUCAGUGACUGUUUUUGUAAUGAGAUAAAAGAUUUCUAACCUACAAGCUGUUAAUUUUGAAAAUCGCCCAACCUACAGUGUUCGUUUAUGUGUAAAAUUCGUUUCUACUGAAAGCAAGUGAAUGCAGAGUAAUUAUGCUCUCCAAAGUAAUAUAAUCAUUAUGAUGUCAGCAAGUAAUGCUUUGGUGGCGAUAAACUGUUGAAGUGUAAUAUAAGAUGGAGUGAGCGUCAACUGUAUAUCAUAAUAAUUUUGGAAGUAAUUUAUGAUGAGCUUUGAGUCAGAUGUGAAAUUAAAGUCUAAAUAUUGAUCUUCUGGAAGAAAAUGGCAUCAAAAGCAAAAGUGAAGAUGCCCGGGGCGACGACCCAGGAGCCGCCCAGCGAGCGCCGGCGGCUUCCCAAGCGGUCGUCGUCCUCGGCCAGCAGUCUGCGGAGGGACCCCCCGGGCCACAGCAACGUCGUCAUCACAGGCUACACGUCGGUCAACACAGACCUCCCCCCCAUCACCUCCUCGGACGUCCUCAAGCCCGCCGGGGAUGCGUCAAGCCCUCAGACUCGUCCUCGGGAGAGCCCCGGCGGCUCCCCGGGGUCUUCUACAUCGUCAGGAGUGUCCUCACUUGGGUCCGCGUCGCUGCAGAGGAAGCUCCCGCGUUCGCCCGCCAAGAGGUCCGCGUCCAUGCACCAGCAGCGACCCUCCUCGGUCAACGGCUUUGGGGGCCCCUCGACAUCAGACACAUCCUCGGUGUCCUCGUCCCCCGAGAGCGAGAGCCUCGACGAGGACGAGCUCACCUGCGCCAUCUGCUUGGACCUCCUCCACCGGCCGCGCUCCCUCCCGUGCGGCCACUCCUUCUGCCUCGUCUGCUUACAGAACUAUGUCAAUUCGUGUAGGAUGAUGUUCACGUGCCCGUCAUGCAGAGCAGCAGCACAAGUCCCGCAUGAGGGCGUCAUGGGGUUACCUAUCAAUAGGGUACUAGCGAAGGGCGCGCAGGUGUUGCGACAACGGCGGCAGUGUGGUGACACGCCCGUGUGCUUCACUUGUCAGACGGCAGUGGGCGUCAGUGAGUGCGGACACUGUGGGCGGAUGUGGUGCGAUAUCUGUGGCGCCAGCCAUGCUCUGAGUGUGCGAGAUGCUGUGGUUGAACUCCAAGAGCGUUUGGUGGCAGCCCGUGAGACCCUCUUCUACCGCGCCGAAGAAGACGAGUUCCGCUUUGAUAAACUUGAGGAAAAUAUCAAGGACGCGGUGACAGAGCGUAUAGAGCAGGUGAACGAAGACGGACGUCGGCUAAUCUCUCAGGUACAAGAAAUGAGAAAAGAUAACCAACAACGAUCAGAAAACCUCGCUGAUGACAUUGCAAACUUAUUAAAAACAAACAAUUCGUUGACAGGCGAUGUGUCAAUAGAGUGGAAGACAGUGGGCCGCCUACACGCCAAGCUCUCCCAUCUCGUCAAAGCUGUGUCGGCUGCGAAAGGCCCUCGCGUGACUCUCGAUGACAGCACCUUCUCCCUGAGCACGCCGUCUGUAGAAGUCCCUGAAACCCAAGUGGAAGGGAGGAACGAAGAGGAAGAGGAGAGACCAGUCACGCAGAAGGAUUAUAGCCUUCUUUACAGAAGCAAGAGUUCCCUGGCGAGAAUCCGAUGGGGGCAGCACCUUGGAGAGCGGCCAGCGGGCGUCGCCGUCAGCCCGUGGACAUCGCAGAUAUUUGUGUCUGGCAGUGACACUUGCAGAAUAUUUAUGUUCGACAGCUCUGGAAGACAAGUCUCAAGCUUUGGGUCACGUGGCCGCAAAGACGGGCAGUUUCUGUGUCCAAUCAGCAUAGCUUUUAGUCAUGUAUCGAAGGAGGUCUUUAUUUCUGACAAAUGGAAACACUGCAUCCACGUGUUCGAUUCCGACGGCAACUUCAUCCGUCAGUUGGGGCGAAAAGGGAAGGGUUUCGGACACUUCAUUUCCCCCGAGGGCAUUGCCACUGAUCGCUUUGGGAGAAUCUACGUGGCCGAUACGUGUAAUCAUCGUGUACAAAUUUUGGAUAGCGACGGCGUAUUCCUGCGCGAGGUGGGCGUGGUCUCCUCAGAAACACUAAAGGACGGGCGUCGGUUCACCAAGAGUGAGUUUAACGAACCGUCGGGCGUGGCUGCGAGUCUGGAUGGUUCUCGGGUGUAUGUGGUGGACACGGGCAACCACAGGAUCAAGGUAUUCGACGGUAUGACGGGCGAGAGGGUGCUCGUGUUCGGAUCUCGCGGACAGCACAAAGGCCAGUUCGAAUCCCCGGAGUGCAUUGCGGUCGACGCCGAGGGAUUCAUUCUUGUUGGGGACUCGGGCAACGGGCGUGUUCAAGUGUUCAGACCUAAUGGGAAUUUCG